ACAUCUCAAGAGUCACAAACCAUAUAUAUUCUCAUAAUGAGAUGAAAAAAUAACAUCGUUUGAAUAUUUUAUAAAUCUUGACUAGACUUCCGUUUUUUUAUUACUAACUUAUCUUUGACUAGACUCUGAAGCCUACUUAUUUAUUUUUUUUUUUUUGUAAAUUGCAAUAAAUCUAUAUCAUCCACAUCGUUUUCCAAUAUUAUAUAAUUCCUAUGUCCAUGGAGUUUCCACACCAAACCUCCCAAGCAUUCAACCCAAAAAAAAAGGGAAGGAAAACACUCCCAAGCCAUAACCAUGACUGCAAAUCAUUCUCAUCAUCAUAAUGAGAAGCUACAAUUGGUCUUCAUCUCCUACCCUGGAAUCGGAAACUUGGUCCCAACAGUUGAGUUCGCUCAACACCUACUUAACCAUCACCCGCAAUUCUCUGUCACCAUUCUUCUCAUAAACAAGCACCGUAGGCCCAUCGUCGACACUUACUCCCAAUCAAUCUCUGCCACCUCAACAAACAUCCGAUUCAUCCACCUCCCCACUGUACACCCUCCCUCACACGAUCAGUUCCAAUCUUCCUUUGGCUACGUGUGUCUUCUCAUCCACAACCACAAGCCCCAAGUUAAGAGCGCAAUCGCCGACCUCAUUGGAACUGAGUCGCCCUCCGAUUCACCGGCCCGAGUCGCCGCCGUAUUCGUCGACAUGUUCUGCACCUCCAUGAUCGAUGUUGCCAACGAGUUGGGUGUUCCUUGCUACCUUUUCUUCCAGUCUCCGGCGUCUUUCUUAGGCUUCAUGAUUGACCUUCCGGAUCUUGAUCCCAAACUCGUCACUGGGUUUUCGGACUCCGACACCGAGUUGAGCAUUCGGAGUUUUCGAAAUCCGAUGCGUCAACGUAUGUUGCCAAACGCGGUGUUAAAGGGACAGGAUGGGUACUCUUGGCAUGUAUACCAUGGGAAAAGGUACAUGGAAACCAAGGGUAUUGUUGUAAAUACAUUCCGAGAGCUGGAAUCCUAUGCGAUAAAUUCCCUCUCUUUGGGUGGUGUACCAAAAGUUUACCCAAUUGGGCCGAUUAUUGACCUUAACGGGCCAUCUCAGUGGCAUCCUGAUCGAGCCCAUUACGAAACUGCAGUGAAGUGGCUUGACAGCCAACCGAAUUCAUCUGUUGUAUUCUUGUGCUUUGGUAGCAUGGGAAGUCUUAGUGGGCCACAGGUGAGGGAGAUAGCACUUGGGCUUGAACGGGCUGGGUUCCGAUUCCUGUGGUCGUUGCGCGAGCCACCCAAAACACAACUGGAUCUUCCAACGGACUACGUGGAUUUGAACGAAGCUGCACUACCACUACCAGAUGGGUUCCUAGAACGAACGGCUGGGAUGGGUUUGGUGUGUGGAUGGGUUCCACAAGUGACGAUCCUGGCCCACCAAGCGAUCGGAGGAUUCGUGUCACACUGCGGUUGGAACUCGAUUUUGGAGAGCUUAUGGUACGGUGUACCAAUUGCCACGUGGCCUAUCUACGCAGAGCAACAAUUGAAUGCUUUAGAAAUGGUAAAGGAAUUGGGAUUGGCAGUGGAGCUGAGAUUGGAUUAUAGAGAGGGAAGAGAUGAUCUGAUACCAGCGGAGGAGUUGGAGAGAGGAAUCAAAGGGUUGAUGAAGGAUGAUGCAAGAGUGAGAGAAAAGGUAAAAGAAAUGAGAGAGAAAAGCAGGAUGACACUGAUGGAAAAUGGAUCUUCGCUUCAGUACUUGGGAGCAUUGGUUAAGGAUUUAAUGUCUAAUAUUUAAAAUUAUGCAAUAUAGUAUUUGUGUUAUAAAGCGUGUCAAACACUAGAAUAUAGAAUAGGUCCAUUUGCAUUUUGCAGUCUUGCAGUAACUACAAUUUGUAUCUUGUUAUUUAUUUAUCUUUAUUUUAUUGUAAUCAUCUAUUUAUAGAAGGGUUUAUAAAUAAGAUCCUAGUCCAUAAUACUUCCAUUGCUGGUGGAAUAUAUUGAAGAAUAUAUAUAUAAUAACUCUUUCCUCCCUUGAUCUCCUUUUCUUU